CAGACAGGAGACAGCAGUAGGAAGGCAGUUCCUCGCUAUGGCUUCUCUAUACACUCUGCAUGGCUGCUUUGUCCUGGGGAUAUUUCUGCUCUACACGGCGGGGAAAGCGCUCACCCAGGAAGUGCAGGCCGAGAACGUCACAGUCGAAGAAGGAGGGACUGCCGAGAUUAGCUGCCAACUCCACCAGUACGAUGGGUCCAUCGUGGUCAUCCAAAAUCCUGCCCGGCAGACGCUUUUCUUCAAUGGAACGCGAGCUCUGAAGGACGAGCGUUUUCAGCUGAUCGAGUUUAACCAGAAAUUGGUGAAGAUUCAUCUUGUGAAUGCCAAGCUGGAGGAUGAAGGUGGAUACUUCUGCCAGUUGUAUACAGAGGACACGCAUCAUCAGAUUGCUACCCUCACCGUCCUUGUUCCUCCCGAAAACCCUCUGGUGGAAAUAAGUGAGCAAGCAGUGGAGGGAGGAGAAGUGGAGCUGACGUGCGUUUCGCCCCGGACAAAACCCGCGGGCACGCUGAGCUGGUAUCGGGAUCGCCGGGAGCUGAGAGGGUUCACCAGUAAGCAGGAGAACGGGAAAACCUUCAGCCUGACAAACACCAUCCGCUUUCCUGUGGAGAGACGAGACAACGGGGAGAUAGUCACCUGCGAAGCAUCACACCCGGCUCUAAAGGGCCAGAAGAAGCAGACCCAAUAUGUGUUGGAUGUUCAGUUUUCCCCGACGGCUCGAAUCCAGGCUUCACAAGCCGUGGUCAGAGAAGGAGAUCAGCUCCAGCUGAGAUGCGAUGUCACCGGGAACCCAAGACCGGCUGAGAUCAUCUGGAGCCGCCUGAACGACUCGUUACCGGAACGGGCUCAGAUCCAGGGUGAUCUCCUGACUUUUAGCACGCUCAGUCUACAGGACAAUGGAACCUACACCUGCCAGGUGUCCAACAAACAUGGCCGUUCUUCUGACCAGUAUGUCCUGGUGGUUUAUGACCCAGGAGCGAUCAUCGAGGCCCAGACUCAAGUCCCCUACGCCGUCAUUGGUGGGAUCCUGGCGCUCCUCGUCUUCCUCGUCAUCUGCGUCCUUACCGUCAUGGUCUGGUGCUCUGUGCGGCAGAAAGGCUCGUACCUGACCCACGAAGCCAGCGGACUAGACGAACACGGCGAGGCCCGAGAGGCGUUUCUAAACGGAGGCGAAAACCACAAGCGGAAGGAGGAGUUUUUUAUUUAAAAAGACUCAGAAGUCACAAGUCUCAACACAGUAUUAAUAAUCUGAAUUUUGUUUUUAAUUUUAUCUUACCUUAUGGAGGGCGGGUGACGGGGACGUUCUGAAAGAACCGGGUUAUAAAAGAGAAUAGCGAUCAACCCCUUCACUUCAAGGGGAUCAGCAAUACAAUGUUUUGCCGACCCCCUUUCAGUGAAAGGGUUAAUAAUGAUAGAAUAUAUAGACGGAGGAACAGACAAUGGAGAUAACAGGUCU